UCUCUCUCUUUCAUUAGACAAAUCUCCAUGUGCUGCUGGUUCAACGACUUUGUUGACUAGUUCUCUGAAUCAUUCUUGUAUUCCAUUUCUUUUUUCUUCUUGAAUCUUUCCGGCGUUCUGGUGUUCAUCGAUUGAAUUGUUUUUGGUUAUGGUUUCUCAAUUAGGGAAGGGUUGAUUGAUCUAUUCUUCAGCUGUUGGUUCUGUUUAUUGAGGCCUUUUUCGAUUUGAAUGGCAUUGGGGGAUUUAAUGGCCUCCAGGUUUUUGCAAUCUUUGGUGGUGGUCGUUUCGAAUCAUUUGGAAGAAGAUUACGUUUCGAGCCAUGAUGUUUAUUUGAGUUUGCAGAGAAUGGAUUCGGAGACUGCUAGUAGUAGUUGUGGCAAUGGCACGACUGCCACUACCACGAGUAUGGCUUAUUUUCCUCAAACAGUGGUUUUGUGUGAAUUUCAGCAUGAGGCUUGUCUUCCCGCCGGUCCAUCAGAUAGUGGUUUAGUCUCGAAAUGGCGACCUAAAGAUCGAAUAAAAAUGGGAUAUGUUGCUCUUGUUUUAUGUUUAAACAUUAGUGUUGAUCCUCCAGAUGUGAUAAAGAUAUCCCCUUGUGCUAGAAUGUACUCCUCUGGAUCCACAAGGGAUUGCAUUCUACUUGGAGCUUGUGAAGCACAUGAGACUCUUCCACAAAGUACAGAAUUUCCUGCAGAUGUGUUUACGUCUUGUCUCACAACACCUAUUAAGAUGUCUUUGAGAUGUUCUGAUAGUACUGCCAGAUUUUUCUUUCAUCUCUUGAUAUUGCCAAUCUUGCUUCUUCCUUUUGACACUUGUAAACGUACUAUUAUGUGGUUUUGCAGACGCUCAUUACUACAUGAAUCUCUUGAUGAGUCGCUAAUUGAUAAAAUCCCGAGCCGCCAAAAUGACCGCAAAACACUUUUGGGGGAAUUAAAUUGGAUUUUCACUGCAGUGAUUGAUACCAUUGCAUGGAACGUUCUGCCACAUGAGCUUUUCCAGAGGCUAUUCAGGCAAGAAUUGGAUGCAUGGGACAUGGCUGCUGAGAUAUGCCUUUCUCAGUUUCCGUCAUUGGUUGAAGAUCCUACUGCAGAAUGUAGCUGUUUUUUUAUUAAUUGUGUUGCUAAUGAUAGUGAAGAAAUAAUAGCUAAAAGAGAGGAAAGAGAAAAGUUUUCCUUGGACCACAUAGCAAAAUGCCAGCAUUCUUCUGUAAGCAAGCCUAAUACUCAAAUUGCUCGGUGGGAUACAAGAUUGGAGACGGGUACAAAGACAAUCUUGCUGCAACCAUUCUCGCCUAUUGUAAUUGCUGCAGAUGAGAAUGAGCGAAUCGGGUUAUCUUUUAGGGUAUGGAACUAUGACGACGCUACACUUCUCAACAACUUUGAUAAUCAUGAUUUUCCAGAUAAAGGAAUUUCUAAGCUCUCCCUUGUGAAUGAGCUAGAUGACAACUUACUUCUUGCAGCUUCAUAUGAUGAAAACAUUCGCAUUUGGAAAGAUUAUGCAUCGAAGGAUGAGCAUAAACUUGUUACUGCUUUCUCUUCAAUUCAGGGUUAUAAACCGAGCAUUCGAAGAUUGAAUGCUGUUGUGGAUUGGCAACAACAAUCUGGAUAUCUAGUAAUUUGAUUCUUAAUGAAAUGUAAUCUUAGGGCUAACACUCAUAAUGUUUAUAGUCAGUAAUGGGCAUUUAACUAAUUUAUUUGAUGUCUUGUCGCUAGUAUGCUUCUGGUGAGGUCCCUCGCAUCAUGAUUUGGAAUCUGGAUACGGAGCAACUUUUUAAUACUGUUCUUUCAUCACCAGACUGCAACAUAUCAGCAUUGUCUGCCUCUUAAGUUCAUUGCUCACCAAUUCGCUGCUGGUUUUGUUGAUGGUUCUGUCAGACUCUAUGAUGUGCGAACACCUGAAUUGUAUCAAGUUUGAGAAAACGACUCAACAAGUGUGAGCAAGGAGCAUUGGCAAGGAGCAUUGCAAAGUUAAUUAACUUGAUUAUUAAUUGCAAGAGGUACGGAAAUAUUUUCUCUUAACUCUUUUAUUAAUAUCAUACAAAUGUUAGAGGAGUUUGAAUAUCUUAAAUAUUCAUUCGUAGAGAAGUAGGUUUUGAGAUUAAAAUUGUGUGUUGUGAUCAUAACGGAAGGUUGAAAACUUGUGUGUCUUAGAGAAGUAGGUUUUGGAAAAUUUGUUUGUAUGUUGCGGUGAUAACGGAAAAUUAACCAAUAUGCAAUCCAAGAUUAUGAUCGCAUUAUUAACUAUUUUAGAUGAAUGAUAUGAUAUUUCAUGACCUCAUUAGUUUUUCUUUUAUGUUUUAUUUGCCAGAUUCAACAAGUCAAGUGCAAAAGAAAAUCUGAUUUAGAAGGCUUUGGUGUGCUGACAUUUGGAAAAUCAUGAAUUCCUACCUUUACUUUUGAAUAUGCAACUGUUUAAGACUAUUUUGUUGACUAUUGUGAGAAUUUCUUUUAUGUUAAUUACGCAGUGUUGAAUAUCUUAAGACUUUUGCAUUAUUUUUUAGAUAAUCUUGAAUGUAUUUUGACACAAUUAUUUUGUUAUAUGUGUUAUGAACCAUAUAAUUGGUACUCAAAAA